GGUGACAAAGACGGCGAUGGURAAACAGUUGCCCAUCACGAUUGCAAAUGACGUCAUYCCAAAAGCAAAACUCCACAGAACAAUGGAAACCAUGGUAGCCUGUUGACGUAGAUAUGAUGUCAUACUUUAGUACCUGUGGCGGUAUCAUUUUGUCGAAACAGAAAAACAUCUUGAUCUACACGACUGAAUCAUCUUGAAAUCAGUUCAAUUCCACCUUACAAUCCUGAAAUAGUUUUCGAUCUGCCGUAUGUUUUUAAAUAAAAUACAACCGUACAAAUGCUUCCUGAUAUGAAUUAGUGCUAACAGGUUCCGUUUAUCUUUUGCUGACAUAAGUGUACAUAAUGUGAAAUCAUUUUUACGGCUUCGUAUACUUCAUGAUAUACUAAAACAUGUCAGUAUUUUUCGAUAUAUUCUAUUCGAUUUUCUCAGUGUUUUUCUUGAAUUCUCAUGUUGAUUUUGCAGUUCCAUUUUGGGUCAUUUCGUUAAUUUUAAUCAAAUGUGAAAAAGGAAUAAGCGUUAAGUUCAAGACGUUUUCUUCARUUUGAAAUGUAAAUUUUCACCUUGCAAUUAAUUUGCAGCUGUGCGCAGCUAUCGACAAUAUCAUUGCUAACAGAGGUCGGCAUUAUUUCAUUCCAUGCUUGUAAUUUAGAAAGAUAAAAAAUUAUAGCUCUAGUUAUUCCGCUGGCUUUACAUUCAAGAUAUGCGAGUUGCAGUUGACUUGACUGAAUGUUGUGCGUAAAAGAUGAAUCAACGAUAAAUGAUUGUCACCAUUCAAAUGUUAUCAGCRCCGAUGACUUAAUUUAAUUUAGGAACAAGCGCUUUAUAGCGAAAGAGACAGUAAUCCUGCAUAGCACUAAACGGCUUACCCGGUCUGUAGUUCCCGUGCAAUUAACGCUGUUGAUCAAACCAAAUCCCUCUCGGAUAAUAAGUGAUUUUAUUCUGUACUCACCUAUUAUGUGAAUGUAGUUAAGAUCAGCGGGACCCCUGUGUUUGUCAUACAAUUGAUCUGGAGUGCACUCUAUACCUAGUACCUCUUCAUUUAUAUCAAUCUUGGCAGCAUUUAGUUUAUUAUGUCAAGAUGAACAACGCUUUUGUCGMUCCGCCCUUUCAACCGUCUGAUUGAACCUCUUAUAAUUCCUUCCCUUCGUACGAGUUGGYMUCAUACGUAGAGAGAGAGUACAAUGGACGCGUUCACUCUUGUUACUCUUUAUAUUUUUGUCGUUAUAUUGGCCAGUUGUACUURAGGUACAUAUAAUUAAGAUGAUUUCCAUUUUUGCUUUUGGAAAUAUUGGGGUUAAAUUGCAAACAUGCGCUAAAUCGUUUUAAUAUGUUGACUCCGUAUGUUAAUAGAUCUCUCACUUUUAAUGAAGUCAUUGAUGGAUUGCCACCUACAUUUCUUUCUAAAAAGUAUUUUCAAGAUUGCCACAAUUGGAUUAUAAAGGCUUUUGACAAAACAUGCUAUGAAAGGAAAACRCUGCUAUUUGAUAUCGCACACGUAGAUUUUCACCUGCUUCUCAACUAAGAAGUGCUUAAUUGAUUUUUUGGAUUUCAAAUCCUUAGUAUUUGCUUAURUUAAUGCUGGUUGUAAGCGGCAGUUAACUCAGGUCUUACAAGAAAUCUUGAAAUGAGGUAUAUGAGGUUGUAAGUGAACCUGUCACGAAGCUAAAAUCGCCACCAAAUUGUAGAGCAGUCAAACAAUCAGCUUAUUYAUUGAUUCUAUUAAUUAAUAGAGUUUCUGUUAUCAUCCACUUUGCCAUAGAUUCAUCCAUCCAGUCCACUUUCCUUGAUUCAUCUAGAAAUCCAUCAAGCAAUUCAUCUAAUCCGUUCUUCACUACUCCAUUCGCCGUCAUCCAUUCAUUCCCACGCAUUUUCCAUUAAUCUUUUUAUCGGUCAUCCAUCCAUAUUCAUCCAUCAAUCGCUUUAUCCAUCAUCUCUACAGUUAUCGGUUUUCAUUCACCUUUUCAUUCUUUUACCCAUCCAUCAUUUGUAUUCAUUCAGUCUCUCGUCCACUUAUCGUCCAUUAUUAAUCUUUCUAUUCAUUGAUACAUCCAUAAUUUGAUCCGUUCACUCWAUCCAUUCAACUGCUUUGUAUUAGGAAUUCAAAUGGUUUCAUAUUUUUAGAUUUUAGAUAUUAAAAUCCGAACUCUUUGCUGCAACUAUAGAAUAUGUYACAGCUUUGAGUUGUAUCAGUCAAACAAAAUUCAUAAACUGAAAGACUAUUUGAAAUGAUUUAAAGCUAAAAUCCCUAUGAGAAAUCCAGAUGGCAGCAAUAUACAAACYGGAAUUAUGUACGUGAUAGUAGGUCAGGAAGAGAAUUUCUUAUCUCUAGAUAGUCAAGAGACUGACCAUUGAUCUUGAUCGAGCUGUUUAAUAGCCACAUAAAGAACUAUUUAUAGAGAACUAGAACAAACACAAGCGAAGAUUGUUCAACCAAAAGCAAGCUCAUCRUAGGCUAUCAAUGAAUUUAUAAAACUCCUUGAUUUUUCCGUCUUUGCUUUUUAACUUUUCUUUUCUUGUUUUUAUCUAAUCGCACCGUGCACCUGUCCAUAAGGUUGCGUUCAGUUAGUGACAUCCGUAAUCUGUUCAAUCAGUUAAAGAAAGCUAUUUCUACUGUAGCAAACAAAGUAUUUAUCUUAAUCCAUAAACUGUUGCAGUGUUUUUUUAUUUAAUAACUUUCCUAGUGUCAAUAAUACGGUUAUAUACUAAGUACAUGUAUGUAUAGAGAAAAGAUACCGGAGUAGACAACAACCGCAAGAAGUUAUUCCAAAUGAAGUUGUAGUGGCGAGGAAAUCAUCAUUAGUUCAUGUUGGUGCAAAGAUGUGACUCUAAAAGCUGAACCUCGCUAGAGACAAGCACUGAUCCGUUCAAAGCAUGAAUAACUCAACUGUUGGAGAAGUCCUGAUGCCUUUACCAGAAGUAAUUGCAUGGUGCAUUGCUUAUGUCACGGUGGACCUUCUUAUCGUCAUUGGUAAUGCGUUAACACUUGUUGUUUUCCAUACCAACAAACGGCUACUGCGCAUGCGUGCUAACUAUUUCCUGGUUAACCUGGCAGUGGCUGACUUGCUUGUUGGUAUUAUUGCUGUACCGUUCUUCACCUAUUACCUGGGUUUGUCCAGUCAACGUGGUAACGAAGUUUGGGGAAGAUUUCCAUAUCUUGUUGCUAAAGUCCUGGAUAUCUUUAUAGGAUGUGCGUCGAUAUUUACACUAACUAUCAUCGCUAUUGAAAGGGUGUUCUCRGUGUGUUUUCCUCAUGUUCACCGAGGUAUUGGUCGUAAAGCGUACUACUAUAUGAUCGGAUCAGUKUGGAUCUUGUCCUUUUUAAUGGCAGUACUGCGAUUCUUGUUCAUGAACAAGUUAAUCGAGUUUAAAGUCUUCUUUUAUUUUUUGAUUGUUGCGUUCAGCGCUUCUUUGAUAAUAAUYUGCAUAAGUUAUCCUGUCAUUGGAAUACGAAUGAAAUUUCGAUUUGCUAACGUAGACCACCACAGGAAGACCAACGACCAUGACCGACGUCUUGCUCUCAUGCUUUUCAUCGUUACAACAGUGUUCAUCUUCACUUGGCUGCCGUUCCACGUCCUCAACUUUGUGUCGUUCUUCUGCGUGUCAUGUAGGAGRAUUCCUAAUGAAUUGGUGUACAUUAUUAAGCUGCUCCACUAUAUUAAUUCCUGUGUAAAUCCUAUUAUCUACUCGUAUCUCGUACCUGAGUUCAGGCGAACUGUCCUAAAGAUAUUCGCACGCAAAAACAGUCCACGACGACAAUAUGCAACAACUCUAACAUGAACCUAAAAGAUGCUAUGUUCCAUCUKUAUUAACAAUAUGGUUGUCCGUGUUAAACCUUAAUUACGGUCAACUUGUUGUAUGGUUUACAUGGUGAAGUUGUUAGUAUGAUUAUACUGGUAAUACCUCCCCUGAUCUUGUACAAUGAAACCAGUAUUAGAUAAUGAAAAAUAUAUUCAUGGUGCGUGUUAUACGAACUAGUCAACAGGGUCAAAAAGUUUAGUAAUCUUUCAAGAAGUACUUAAAACAUGCCAUCACGUGCAAAACACUAUGCAUUGCGGCACACUAUUAAAUACCGGUCGAAACAAGUGACAUUUAUUUCGAACUGUGCGAGCAGGUAUAACAGACAGUAUCGCACGGAUAUGAUCUGUAUGUAAAAAGCAACAGAUAUGAAGUGAUUGUUAGUUAUUUAGAGGGUUUGUUGGGUAUUGCUCGUGAUUUAGUAAAUAGCACUCGUAUCAGUGUAUAAUAUAAAUACCAUGCAACCAUAACCCAUGCAAGGUUGGACGAACCAUGGUAUUGCAUGGUUGUGUGGCUACAAUAACUCUUAGUGUAAUGAAGUGUCAACAUGCUUCUAAGUGGAUGGCAACUAGACUUUGUAAUAUAUGUGGAUGUACUCAAUGACCGAAAUAAAACGCAUCAGGAAUCUGUCGGUGAACAUUUUUUUAAUAAAAUGCAUCCCCCUGAC